UGGCGUGGUUGAAGGGAGGGUGUGGGGCACUCUCUCCUGUAGCCCCGGGCUCCUGUCUGUGGCGAGGGGACCCAGCUGCGAGCGGCGACACCAGCGGCUGGAAAUCAACGAAGGGUGUUGCCAUGGUGAUGGCGGUGGAGGACAGCAAGGUGCAGGUUGUAGUUCGGGUGAGGCCCCCCACCCCACGGGAGCUGGAGAGCCAGCGGCGGCCUGUGAUUCAGGUGGUGGACGAGCGGAUGCUGGUGUUUGACCCUGAGGGGCCCGAAGGGGCCUUCCUCGGCCUGAAAUGGGGCAGCAUCCACGACGGCCCCAAGAAGAAGGGCAAAGACCUGACGUUUGUCUUCGACCGGGUCUUUGGUGAGACGGCCACCCAACAGGACGUGUUUCAGCACACCACCCACAGCGUUCUGGACAGCUUCCUCCGGGGCUACAACUGCUCAGUGUUCGCCUAUGGGGCCACUGGGGCAGGGAAGACACACACCAUGCUGGGAAGAGAGGGGGACCCUGGCAUCAUGUACCUGACCACUAUGGAACUGUACAGGCGGCUGGAGGCCUGCCAGGAGGAGAAGCAAUUCGAGGUGCUCAUCAGCUACCAGGAGGUGUACAAUGAGCAGAUCCACGACCUCCUGGAGCCCAAGGGACCCCUCGCCAUCCGGGAGGACCCCGACAAGGGGGUGGUAGUGCAAGGACUUUCGUUCCACCAGCCAACCUCGGCCGAGCAGCUGCUGGAGAUGCUGACCAGGGGGAACAGGAACCGCACGCAGCACCCCACUGACGCCAACGCCACGUCCUCCCGCUCCCAUGCCAUCUUCCAGAUCUUCGUGAAGCAGCAGGACCGGGUUCCAGGUCUGACCCAGGCCCUUCGGGUGGCCAAGAUGAGCCUGAUUGACCUGGCUGGCUCGGAGCGGGCAUCCAGCACCCACGCCAAGGGGGAGCGGCUGCGGGAGGGUGCCAACAUCAACCGCUCCCUGCUGGCCCUCAUCAACGUCCUCAAUGCCCUGGCUGACGCCAAGGGCCGCAAGUCUCACGUGCCUUACCGGGACAGCAAACUGACCCGUCUGCUCAAGGACUCUAUUGGGGGCAACUGCCGCACAGUGAUGAUCGCAGCCGUCAGCCCCUCCGGCCUGACGUAUGAGGACACUUACAACACCCUCAAGUAUGCCAACCGGGCCAAGGAGAUCAAGCUUUCGCUGAAGAGCAAUGUGGUCAGCCUGGAUUGUCACAUCAGCCAGUACGCCACCAUCUGCCAACAGCUCCAGGCUGAGGUGGCCACCCUGAGGGAGAAGCUUCGAGUGUAUGAGGCGGGGGCCCAGGACCUCCCGCAGCCCCCCGAGUCGGGCCCUCCGCAACAACUCCUUUCCAGCUCCUCCCCACCAUCCCUCCUCCCCAGCCAGCCCUGCACCCCAGAGCUCCGCCCAGAGCCUGCAGUCCUUCCAGAGGAGAGCCUUGGGACAGAGGCCCAGGUGGGGAGGGUUGAGGAAGAGAAAUCUUCGGACCAGGAGCCACCCCCAGAGGAGGAGGACAAAGGCCCAGCUGUGGAGGUUCCAGUCCAGGUGCCAGAGCAGAGCCUCCGACAGUCACUGCCAGCGUCCCCUGGCCCGAUCCUGGAGGCCAAGCAAGUGGGGGGCCACCUGUCACCACAGAACCUGGAGGGGGACCAUUCUAAGCAGCUGGCGCUGAAGGUGCUGCGCCUGGCCCAGCGGCAGUACUCUCUGCUCCAAGCAGCCAACCUCCUGACCCCCGACGUGAUCGCCGAGUUUCAGACCCUGCAGCAGCUGGUGCACGAGGAGAAAACGGGGCCUGGAACAGAGGCCUCAGGGGCUCCAGGCCCAGCCAGGGGGGCACCUCUGGCUCAGGAGCUGUGUUCGGAGUCAAGGUCUCCAGGAUACUCUGGCCCUGUGACCCGGACCAUGGCAAGGCAACAGAGUGGGCUCCUGCGCAGCCUGGGGGUCUCCCCAGGGCCUGACUGCACCUCAGCCCAGGCGUCUCUGCAGCCCAAGCAGAAGAGAAGGAAAAGGCCGAGCCCCUCAGAGCAAGACAGUUGCCCAGCCCCAAAGCCUGGGACCAAGCGCCAGCGCCAGUCCUUCCUGCCCUGCUUGAGAAGGGGGUCCCUGCCUGAGGCUCAGCCUUCCUUCGAACCCACCCCCCCCAAAGGGGGGAGGGCCUCCUCUCCCGGCCCCUCCCCUCGCUUCUGCCCAGCCACAGUCAUCAAAAGGCGGGUGCCUCUGGGCUCCUCUGCUCUGCAGAACUGCUCCACCCCUCUGGCCCUGCCUGCUCGGGACCUCAACACCACCUUCGACCUCUCCGAUCUCUCAGAGGAGCCUGUCUCAAAGCUGGGUUUCCAUGAGUGCACUGGCUGGGAAAACGUCCCCCAGAGCAGGCUGGACCAGCCCUUCGUCCCCAGUGGACCUGUGCCCCCGUUCACCGUGAAGGGCCCCAAGCCAGCAUCUUCCUUCCCUAAGACCUCAGCCUGCAAGAAGAGGCACGUCGUGAGCUCCUCAGUCUCCCGGCACAGCCGCAUAGCCCGCCUCCCCAGCAGCACCUUGAAGAGGCCAGCCGAGUCCCAUGCAACCCCAGAGCUGCCCUUCAGCGCCCACUGCUCUGGCAACAUGAGGGGCCAGAGGGAGUUGAUGAGGGUCAGGGGAGUGCUGUCAGCCGGGAACUGCGUCGCCAAGGUGUCCUGACUGCUGUCCCCUCUUGGCUCCUGGAGCAGCCUGCAUCGGGAACCCGACCUGCCCUCCUCAGCGUGGAGCAAUUACUGCCAACACCCUCUUCCUUCGUUAACACUUGUCUGCCUGCCGGGCACUCAUUCCGCUACUCACCCUCUGUGUUAACCUCUUGUUACACUCAGCUCCUCAGUGUGUAUAUAUACAGUGGAGAGUGUUAAUGUGUUGCUGUUUUAAAGAGUGCUGCUGUCCAUCGUUCCCCGCUAGCUUGUAACACCCUCCCUGCAGGCAGGUAGCUGGGGGCUCUGUUCCCGACCCCCAGUCUAACAGAGGGCGCUGCACAGGGAUCACAGUGGAGGAGGGUGAGGAUGAGGAGAGGGCCUGGUGGGGGGCCCCAGCUCAGUCCUCCCUGGUUUCUGAGACAGGGACGUCUUCAGCUCCACCCCCCCAGCCUGGAGCAGUAUCCGCAGUCCUGCUGAUGAUGCAGAUGUUGGUGGCGCCUGGAUUUCCAAAUGGCAAUGGCUUCCUUGUUUGUACUCUAUUGUAAACAGGCCACAUACUCAGUGUUAAAAGAAGUGUAAAGAAGAAAGGGAAAGUCAGCCUUAAUACUACCACCUAGAUAGCAAAGCUGUGAAUACGUGGGUUUAUAUCCCCUGAUCCUUUAUUUCUGCAUAUAUAAUGCAUGUAGAUGUGGAUGUGUAUUUUAUUACAGUGAUUGGUAAGCCAUCUCUUUGUGGUGUGAGCGUCUCCCUGUGCACCCAGGCAGGACGGCAGUGCGCCUCCCCUUUCUCACCUUCGAACUCUUUACGACCUCCAGACACUUCUGAGGUCAGAACAUUCCCCUCUGCCUCUCCUGCAGCCUCAGGUCUGUCUUCCCACAGUGCGGGCGUGGGUUACGGAGUCCUGCGGUCAGUCGGGGUUAGGGCUAGUGGUCCCCAGGUCUCAGGUGAGGCUCCAGGCUGGGCCCCGACAGGUCUGAACCGAGGGUGACCUUCCUCCCACCUGCCCCCACAAGGCCCCACUUCCCACCUUUGUUGGGGUCU